GAUCCAUUACGCCCCUUAGUUUUAGGUGGUGAUCACUCAAUAUCAUUUCCAGUUAUCCGAGCUGUCUCUGAGAAGCUUGGAGGACCUGUUGAUGUUCUUCAUCUUGAUGCGCAUCCUGAUAACUAUGAUGCCUUUGAAGGAAACAUUUAUUCACAUGCUUCUUCUUUUGCUCGAGUCAUGGAGGGCGACUAUGUUCGACGACUUUUGCAGGUUGGUAUAAGAUCAAUAACAGCUGAAGGGCGUGCACAAGCCAAAAAAUUUGGAGUUGAGCAAUAUGAAAUGCGGACAUUUUCAAGAGAUCGUCACUUCUUAGAAAAUCUGAAACUAGGGGAAGGUGUUAAAGGUGUAUACAUCUCAAUAGAUGUGGAUUGUCUAGAUCCAGCCUUUGCUCCUGGAGUGUCUCACAUAGAGCCAGGAGGUCUUUCUUUCCGUGAUGUUCUCAACAUCCUGCACAAUCUUCAAGGUGAUGUUGUCGCCGGAGACGUGGUCGAAUUAAACCCUCAACGUGAUACUGUCGAUGGAAUGACUGCCAUGGUAGCUGCUAAGCUGGUGAGAGAACUGGCUGCAAAGAUUUCCAAGUGAUGAUCUUCAGCCUCAACCCUCUCAAUAACUAAAAUGCACCUGGAGGCUGGAAGGUUAAUUCUUCAGAGUGGCAUUCAAUUUUACCAUGCCUUAUUUCCAGUAUUCAUAGAACAUGGUCAAUGAUUCAAAGGUUUUUCUUAAGGAUUAUUGGUUUUCUAUUUAGUUGUAGUUCAACUGUUGGUUUUCUAUUUAGUUGUAGUUCAACUGUUGGUUUCUUAACAGGACAGACACUCAAAGAACGGCACCUUUUUGAAUCUUUAUCUUGAUUCUUAACAAGUGUGUUGAAAAAGAACUUUCUUUCUCUAAAAAAAGGAAUAAGCUGUUUCA